AAUAUAAAUACCCAUCCAUCUCACACAUUCCUUGAUCACCAAUCCCUGCAACCCCUUCUUCACCUUCUGAUCAUUUUUGAGUCUUUACGUUUUCUUCAGAAAACAAUAUGAGCCGGCCAGGAGAUUGGAACUGCAGGGCAUGCCAGCACCUCAACUUCCAGAGGCGCGACUCGUGCCAACGCUGCGGGGAUCCUAGGUCCGGUGCUGACUUUGGGGGCUUUGGUGGGAGAUCGGGUACUGGGUCUUCCUUUGUGGGGUUCAGCACAGGGUCGGAUGUCCGGCCAGGUGACUGGUACUGCACCGCCGGCAACUGUGGGGCCCACAACUUCGCUAACCGGUCGAGCUGCUUCAAGUGUGGUGUAUUUAAGGAUCAUGAUCAGCAAUAUCAUGACUCAGCUGGGGCCAGUACCUUCGACGUCUCAUGCGACAUUAAUUCACACUACUCUAGAUCAGGUUUUGGUAUCUCCGGCGGCAGACGUGGAUGGAAAUCUGGUGAUUGGAUUUGCAGCAGGUCAGGAUGCAAUGAACACAACUUUGCUAGCAGAAUGGAAUGCUUCAGGUGCAAUGCCCCCAGGGACACAUACUAGACAUGAUGUUUCCAAUAUUUUUUGGGCAAUGCAGCAAAUUAAAACAAGCUAAGAUCGAUCGAGAUCCUUGUACGUGGUGAUCAUGAACAUGGGCGGACUAGCUAGACCUAUAUAUAUAUAUAUAUAUAUAUAUUCACAAAUUAGCUUUCAUUAAUGGAUUUGAUGAGCUUAUAUAAAAAGUAUUAAAAUGUAGUUCGAGUGCUAAAUUGAGCUAUCUAUCUAGCUAUAUAUCAUGCAUGCGCGCGUGUGAUAAUCUUUUGUAGUACGUAAGUGAGGCUUUAGUUUGUUUAUUAAUGUAUGGAUACAUGGUUCGAUCGUGGUUUUCUUUAUAAUAUUAUUGGA